AUGGCCUAAAAAAGGGAUCCUUCAUAGUCCAAUCAGAAUAAGUAAAACUCAGAUCAAGUGUUUGAUCUCUUAAACUUUAAGGGUAUAUUUUUUGAGAAUGAACAUCAGAAGUAUAUCUGCCCCAAGACUGGAGCGCAUUUUGAGCCGAAUGAUUUGUGCCGAAGGUUAAACAUGGUCAAACAUGAUAGAGACAAACUUGAUAGAGGUUCUAAGAAUUCAAUUAGUCAUCCUAAGGCAAACAUCGAAAGUCUAGUUAUUUAAAAGGCAGAUGAUCUACAAGUGCCUGAUGAUAAUAAUAGACUAGAUACUAAAACUCAAGAGAUGGCUGAGUCUAUUUUGUCUAGCUCUUAAAAAUAGAUGAUUUCACCAGAGAAACCCCCAAGGUAAAAAGCCUUAAAUAAUUAACUAAUUAACAACAAUGGGGGAAUUCAGCCCUUUGAGGAGAUAAAUCUUCUACCAGGUCAAACUAAUAUUAUUAAUCAGACAAACAAUCUUCAUAAUAAUAAUCCAAGCAUCCUAGGAAAUGCUAACAAUGCAAAUAUAAACUAAUUAAAGCUUAAAGAUAGACUCAGAAUCGACGGAAUAAACUCAGCUCAGAAAUCUAAAUCUGAAAAAUUUAAAAAUAUACAGAACGAUGUUAUUGAUGAUGCUUACAAAGAUAAAUCAAGUUUUUAAGAACACCCAGCACCUAAUCUAGGACCCAUUCAAGAUUAAAGAUUUUCUUAAUCAGUAAAAUAAAACAAUUAAAAUAUUAUUCAUUUGAAGUCUAUGGAAAAGCUUUAGAAUUAACAAUCAUCAGAGAGCUAAUCGUAAAAUACUCAUUAUGGAUCUUAGCAAAGAGUCUCAGAAUUCCAGCCAAUAUCUUCCUAGAUACAUAGUUAAAAACACUAAAAUCUCAUUUAAAUGCAACAAUAGCAAAAUAGUGGAAAUCAGCAAUAAUUAUUUAAUAAGACUAUGUAACAUGCUGGAAUCAAGGGAGAAAGUAUUAAUUCAAAAAGUAUGAACGUUAUAGAUUUAGAUUAUAAAAAUCAAGCACUUCAAAAAUUAGAUAAAAUUGCAUAGAAAAUAGGCUUUAAGGAUAGUGAGAGAAGUGGAAACGCUAUCAAUACUUAGUAAUAAUAGAUAUAAAUUGAGAUGGAAAAGCAAAAACGAAAUAGUACUUCAUUUGGUAAAAAUAUGUCGUCAAGUGUUGCUUAGAAUAAUCAAGAUAGCAAUGUUUCUAAUUCCUUUUUUAAAUCAAACUUCUAGACAAAUCUCUCUGGGGGAAUUGUUAAUAAUGGAUCAUAAAUUAUGUAGCCAAAUAAUAACUCUUAUAAUCAGCAGACUUCAUACGUACUAAUGCCAAUAGAACCUGGUCAAUAUGAAGCCUAAAAGAAGAAAUCUAAAUUUAAUAUAAAGUUGUCAGGUGCACCACCACUUUACCAGCAGAAUUCAUAAAUAGCUUUUGAUUAAAAUAAAAGGUUUUCAACAGAGCCUGAUGAGGUUAAAAAAUCAUCCAGCAAUAUCAAGGACGCCUAUCUCUAGAGUGCUAUUGAGAAGUACAAAUAAAAGAGAAAAUAGGAUAUGGGUGGUAAGAAUGGAAUUAUAAAUAACUAACGGUAAAUUAUUCAAAAAUUAGCUAAUUCUUAGUAAAAUAACUAGAUACCUAUGAUGAGCAUGAGCAAAUCUAAUUUUAAGAGCUUCGAUAAGACUGUGUACAAUAGUUAAAUUUAGAUGAAUUCUAACUCAAUUGCCCCGGAUCAUAAUAGAUCUAAUACUACAAUAUAUAAUAAUUAGCAGCCUUAGUUUAUGCAAGAAAGAACAAGAAACUCUAAAAUUGCAAACAACAUGCUUCGAAUAAACUAAGUUCCAAGACCAAACAAAUAAGUAGGAAAUGCUUAUUUGAGCGCAUAAAGCUUUGGAAGUGGAAGUUUUAACAGCCAAAAGAAUCAGCAGACUAGCCAAGUUGAAUUGAUGCUUUAAACUCAAAAUAUGAAUAGUUUUGGAAUCGUUGGGAACAAAAAGGAUAUCCAAGGUUAAUCUUAGCUCUAACAUUAUUCAACAGCAAACAAUCAUAGAAAACUAAAUUCAUUCCAGGGAUCUGGCAAUAAUGGAACGGCUGCGUAUAAAGAUACUAACAGCUUCCAAACAUUGCCUAAUCCAAAUAAGCAAUUCUCUCCAGAGAGGACUAAACAAGUGUUCCAUCAGAGAAAACCCUCAAAUAACCCAACUGAAAAUCCAUUAUAUUUGGCAUAGAGACAUUUAUGA